AUGACCAAUAGGAAAGUAGGCUUGGGGCUGAGACAAGCCGCUGAAGUCCUGUCACCUGACCAGCUAAAGUUCAAUGGCGUCCUCAGCUUCCUCACAAAUCGUGAGGCAUUAUUUAGUGUUGACCUCAAGGUAACCGAGAAUUUUUAUGCUUUUAUUUUGGAGGCAAUGUCUCUGCAAUACCAAAACGUAAUGUUUGCUAAUGUGGAUGUGGACGAGGCUCAGGAGUUGGUCGAAUCAUCUCACAUCAAAGUGCUACCCACAUUUCAGUUUUUCAAGAAAGUCGAUAAGGAAGAUUUUCAGGCAGCCCUGAAGAGUGCUGGAGAGAAGCUUGUAGUGGUUGACUUCUCAGCCACAUGGUGUGGGCCCUGCAAAAUGAUCAAGCCUUUCUAUCAUUCCCUCUGUGAAAAGUAUGGCAAUGUGGUCUUCCUUGAAGUUGACGUGGAUGACUGCCAGGAUGUCGCUUCAGAGUGUGAAGUCAAAUGCAUGCCAACGUUUCAGUUUUAUAAAAAGGGACAAAAGGUGGGUGAAUUUUCUGGCGCUAAUAAGGAAAAACUUGAAGAUACCAUUAACAAGUUAAGUUAAUUAUGCUUCCUGAAAAUGUAACCAGCCAUCAGCUGUGUAAACCUUUUUGUAUUUACAA